AGAAAAUAGGAGGAGAAAAAAGGGGGAGGUUUUGUUUUGUUUUUCCUCUGUCUACAAACAAAAAAGGAAGUGUGUUUCUCCCUUUUUUCUAAUCUCCAUUUCUCUCUCUCUCUCUCUGGGUUUCGCCGUUCCGCUACGAUUCUGAAAUUCUUGUUUAAAAGCUUUGAUCCUUUGUUUCAGAAUCGUAGUAGCAAUGGCUUUUUGAUUCCCCCUUCUUUUUUUUUUUGUUUUCAAGGGGAUUAGAUAUUGCUUUUUGGUGUCUCUCCCCAAUCCAUCCAUCAAGCUUCAUUUCUUGCCGCCGGCAGAUGAACAACAAGUCGUCAUCAUCAUCAAAAAAUCCUCCGAGCUUGGUGGAUUUCUGGUUUCUUCUCGCUUCAACACCACCAACAUAGAUCAAUCAAAAGGGAUCUCUUUUGAUUUGAUUUGAUUUGAUUUGUUGGGGGGUGGGGGGGAAGAAUAGAAUAGAAUAGAAUAGAAUGGGGAAAAUGGUAGAGAAGUUGGGGAGAUGCGUAAAGACGGUUUUUUUCAUGGUGGCCAUGUUGGUCUCCCUCUUAGUCUCCUCCUUGCCUGUCCUCGUUGCCAUCGGCGAUGUCUUGGUUCCAACCUUUUUGCUAUCAAGCUUCACUUGUUUGACCUGCUACUCCUUCCAUCACCACCUCUCCCGUUACUCCUUCAAAUCCUCUCUCACCGACAUUCCUCUCCUCUCCCUCCUCAGAUCUUUCCUCCUCAUCUCCGUCUAUUCCCUCUCCGAUGCCCCUGCCCUCUCUCACGGACCUUACCUCGGAACUGUCUCCUUGUCUUCUCUUCUCUCCGUUCUUCUUCUCUCUGUUAAAGCUUGUAUUUUCACUGCUAAUUCUCAGCUUAACCCUACUGAUGAGUCCGCAUCAUCCAUCUCUCCCUCAAGGCAACGUCUCCAUCUCAAAAAGUCUUGGGGAAUGCCCGUUUUGUUCCUCUCUUCUGUCGUUUUCGCUCUUGGUCAUACCGUUGUUGCUUACAGAACCAGCUGCAGAGCUAGGAGGAAACUCUUGUUUCACUCCAGAGUCGACCCUGAAGCUCUUCUUUCAUGUAAAGGUGUCUUCUCCAGUUACCAGAAACUCCCACGUUCUCCUAUUCCUCUGGUACGCAAGGUCUCCAAGACUGACGGCGAGGUCAGACGAAAGCUUCUUCCUUCUUCCUCAACAUCCCAACAUGAUGCUGGAGAGCUUCCCGUGAGAGUGCUUGCUGAUCUUGACAGCUUGUUCCUUACUGUCACAGGUCUCUCUCUUCAUUACAAGAUUUCCACACCUGCCUCUCCUCCUCCUGAACCUAAUUCUAUGCUCAAUGUCCCUGAAUCGAUGGCUGGAAGGUUGAAGCUUGACAGGAAGUUAUUGACCAUGGUUACGAGAAACAAGCUCAAUCAUCAUCACCAUAAAAGCUGCAGCAGCCUCUUCAACAAUUCUUCUUCUUCUUCCUUGCAUGAUCCUCUCCUUGAGGGUUCUUCUCCCACUUCUCCUCUUCUUUUCAAAGACACUCAGGAAGAAGCAGAUGACAUGAAUUCAUCCAGUUGCGGGGAGCAGCAGCAAGAUCCCUCAGAUGGAAGCGGUCAAUUUGGUGUAGUGCUGGUUCAUGGAUUUGGAGGUGGGGUCUUCUCUUGGAGGAAUGUGAUGCCUUCUCUCGCCCAUCAGCUUGGCUGUCUUGUCACUGCUUUUGAUAGGCCUGGAUGGGGAUUAACCGCUAGGCCUCAUCUAAAGGAUUUGGAGGAAAGAGAUUUGCCAAACCCUUACACUCUGGAAAAUCAGGUUGACAUGCUUGUUGCUUUUUGCCGUGAAAUGGGAUUUGCUUCGGUAGUCUUGGUUGGCCAUGAUGAUGGAGGUUUGAUUGCUCUCAAGGCUGCACAAAGAUUGGUAGCAGCAUCGACCAACAUCAAAGUGAAAGGAGUGGUUUUGCUUAAUGUAAGCUUGACGAGGGAAGUAGUCCCAGCUUUUGCAAGAAUACUUCUGCACACAUCACUAGGAAAGAAACACCUUGUUCGCCCGCUACUCCGAACUGAGAUAGCUCAGGUGGUGAACCGACGAGCUUGGUAUGAUCCUGCCAAGAUGACAACAGAUGUCUUAAAGCUAUACAAGGCACCGCUCCAUGUCGAAGGCUGGGACGAGGCACUUCACGAGAUAGGUAGACUCUCAUCCGAGAUGGUGCUUUCGACUCAAAAUGCACAGUCGCUUCUCAAGGCAGUGGAAAACUUACCAGUAUUAGUCGUUGCUGGAGCAGAGGACGCACUUGUUCCCCUCAAGUCCUCCCAAGUGAUGGCUUCAAAACUCUUCAACUCUAGGCUAGUAGCAAUCUCAGGAUGUGGUCAUCUGCCGCAUGAGGAGUGUCCAAAGGCGCUUCUUGCAGCCAUGACCCCAUUCAUAAGCAGACUUGUACUUAGUGACUAGAGUGAUCACUUCUUGUUGUCUUCUUAGAUCACAAUCGAUUAGUGGUUUGUUUUUUUUGUCUGCCCCAAAAGGAAAGAAGUUGGGGGUUGAUUUUGAGGUCUCAAAUUAGCAGCUGUGUAUUCAUCAUGACCAGAGUUAUAAUGUAAUGUUCUCUGUAUGGAUUUUGAAAGUCAUCUAUUUAUUUUGUCAGUGAAGAAGUACUGAAUCUUUGUAAAA